ACGUCUACCGAAUGCACGUCCGACUGCUCCACGGUCCAGUGUGAUUCUCGCGUGUUUCGCGUUUCGUUCUUCUCAGCUCAACUUUUUGAUCGGCUAAUUUCCUAAACAGUCAAUUUACAACACUCAUCCCGAUCGUAACUUUCAAUCUUUCCUCCGGAAUUCAAUUACCGUGCUUUGGAAUUCUCGUUCAAGUGUUUCGCAGUGCGAUUUUGUUGUGUCUUGUUAUUCCGUGCGGUGUGUAACCUAAUCAAAUCGUGUUCUCGUCGCCGGGUGCAAAGAGUGUUUCGAACGGUGUUUUGUUUUCAAUUCACGCGAUUGUUCGUGUAGGUUUUCGAUUACCUCCUCAACUGUGCGUCGCUCUAAGAGUGAGAAUUGGAGGUUAGUUUGUUUGUUUACAUUGCGAAGGUUCAGUGAUCAGUUUCCUCGGAUUAAAUCAUAGUGGAAGAUUGAAUUAGUUCUUCGCUGACCAGGUUUAACUGUAUUGAGUGCGCGUAUGUUUGCGUGGUUCGAAAUAUGCAGAGUCUCAGAGAGUGUUCGAAACGUGUAAGUUUCUCAAAGGUCACUUAACCGUGCGGUUUGGAUCCGAGCCGGGGAAUUGAGAAUCGACAAAGCACAAUGGAAUCCGAAUCGACAGGCUCACUCCUGCGGGAGAAGAAGGCGAAACAAUCGAAGACGGUUUCGCGAAAUUGGAUGAUUUUUUUGAGCGGUCUGUGCAUGACGAGUUUGGCCGGGAACGCGUAUUUCGCGUACCGACAAGUUGUUCUCGAGUCCCGGAUGGAUUCGCUGGAAGCGCGUUUCCGAGGCUUCGAGGAGCGGGAUAUGGGUUUCGGAUUCGUCGAAAAGGCUAAGCGAGAGCCUUUGGCUAAGGAUACCGACCCGGAGACCAAGGACUCCAAAGCCAUCGCCUCUUUGCGGGAUGCUGCCCAAAGGAACAAGCGGGAACUGCCCGAUUGCGGAUGUCCUCCAGGACCUCCAGGACCUCCCGGAAAAAGAGGAAAGAAGGGCAAAAAAGGAGACACCGGCGAACCUGGACCAAUGGGUCCACCUGGUCCUGCUGGGAAGAACGGAUUUCCGGGUGAAAGGGGCGUCAAGGGUGAAAGGGGAGUGAGAGGGGCUAUGGGCCCAAUCGGACUUGACGGACCAAAAGGAGAUCCAGGGCGACAAGGUGACAAAGGCCAAAAAGGUGAUGGCGGCAAUCCUGGUUUUGAUGUUUACUCUGCAGUCAAGGGAGGUUUGAAAAGGUCUGUGACUACUCUUCGCGGCGGAACUUUGGGAUAUGCCGAAAUUGUAGCCGUAAAGGGGCUCCAAGAGCAAGGUCAUAACAUCUCCGCUGAGAGCAUCGUAAUGUUAAAAGGAGAACCUGGUGAACCAGGACCGCCUGGACCCGCAGGCCCUCAAGGACCAUCGGGACUACCGGGACAUGAUGGACGGCCUGGAUUGGUUGGAGAGCCGGGGCCUCCUGGUGAAAAAGGAAGCCCAGGAGACGCAGGCCCGAUUGGACCCAUGGGCCCUGCUGGUUUUGUGGGACCGAAGGGUGACAAAGGAGAUAAGGGAGACCGAGGUUUAACGACAACGCUGAAUGGAGAUCACAAAUUCCCGACGGGCAUUAUUGAAGGUCCACCUGGUCCACCAGGGCCGCCAGGUGAUAAAGGUGAAAUUGGACUCACAGGGCCACAAGGUGAACGUGGAUUAGCAGGUGAAGCUGGACCUCAAGGACCUCCUGGAUUACCAGGUCAGUCUGGGCCGAAAGGUGAAAAAGGAGAAUAUGGAGACAUUGGACCACCUGGAUUGAUGGGUCCACCUGGUUUGCCAGGUCCACCGGGUUAUCCAGGUCAAAAAGGAGAGAAGGGCGACAAAGGCGACUCGAAAUAUAAGAAACUAAGGAGGAGACAGGGUGACGGCACACAGUAUGAUGUAGAAGGUGUGCAAGGUCCACCAGGACCUCCCGGACCAGCAGGUUUGCCAGGACUACAGGGUCCCCCCGGAAUCAAAGGAGACAGAGGAAUGGAUGGAGGGAAAGGAGAGCCUGGAGAAAAGGGUUCGAAAGGAGAUCCUGGACCAAUGGGUUUACCGGGUCCAAUGGGUCUUCGAGGAGAAUCAGGUCGAAUUGGUGAAACAGGGAGGCCGGGGCCUCCUGGACUUGAUGGAAUGAAGGGUGGACAAGGCGAGCCUGGCACCAAAGGAGAACGAGGAGAUCCAGGCCUUCCUGGCACUGAUGGCAUACCGGGCUCUGAGGGCCCCAAAGGAGAUAAAGGAGCCAAAGGAGACCCAGGGCCUCCAGGGAAGCGUGGCAGAAAAGGUGACCGGGGUGACAAAGGUGAUCAAGGUGUUCCUGGCCUAGAUGCGCCAUGUCCUGUUGGAGCAGAUGGCUUACCUUUACCUGGCUGUGGCUGGAGACCUCCGAAACGAGUUUCAAUAACGGGAGAGGCUCUUGACAAACCACUGCCAUUAACAACACAGAAACGGAAAAAUGAUCUAGCCUACCCUUAGUAAGAUUAAAUUUGUUGUUUUUCAUACACCUUUUGUAAAUUUUUUAAAACAUAACUGUACAAAAUUGAAGAGUGUCCUGAAAUGGCGUUAAAUACUGGUACAUUCAUGAACUGUAAUAUAAUAUUUGUAUAAAUUAUAAAUUGCAGAGCGUAAAGCUUAACUGCUUCACAGUGUAAAUCAGCUUCCCAUUGUAAAGUUAAGAGGCCGUUUGUUACCCCAUUAAUGUAAACAAAAAAUAACUCUUAGUAUCAUUUGUUUUGUGUAAUGUUGCUUUUUAUGCUUUGUAUUAAGAGCAAAGUUUUCCUCAGAAAUUAAGAAAUACUGCAGAAAAUAUGAUUAAUCAAGAGUAAAUAAUGUACCACAAAUAAAAAUUUCUUACAAUUACUCUCAUAAAAUUGUUCACCCUCGAAAAUAAAUUCAGCACAGAGCACCGAACUUGCUUCAACUUUGCACAAAUCUCAUUGUUUUACUCACUCUCUUCACCUAAAAUUCAAUCAGCCUACAGAAUUGUAUCAAUAAUUCUCAGCACUGGAUAAGAAAAAAAUAGGAAAGCAUCACAAAUCUCCACCUGCCUCCCUAAAUCUGCAGGAUCUCAUGAUUGAACAUUCCUUGAAGAUUUCAGGGAGAUAAAUAACUGACCUCAAAGUAUUUGAAAGAGGAAACUGCAGAGUAACGGUGUAUCAAUGUUUGGCAACCAUCUUUCUCCCUAUCUUUUUUCCUGAAAGUAUUUUUUUUACAGGAUACGUGCAUAGAGAAUUAGAGAUCUUAUUGUCCCUGUGCGGGCUGAAAUAUUUUGUCACCCAAAUACCAAGUUAAACCAAAAUUCUUGUCCAUCUUUUUACUCCGAGAAAAGGUGAAUGCAAUGAAGACAUUUUGAAGGAUCCUUACCUGAAAUCUAUCGAAGAUUUCUGGGGAUUUCCUCUAGAAAAUGUAGAAAUUCAGUGAGAUAUCUCUGAGCCUUUUUUAACGAUAAAAUUCUCUAAGGUAUAAUUUUAAUUUCUAAACUUAAAAUCUGAAGUUCUAAAAAAUCAUCUGAGAGGGAUCAUCCCCUAACUGUUUAGCCCUACCCCUCAUUUUUUUGCCCUGUGGAUCUUCAGUCCCCUUAAUUUUUUGUUUUUUAAUUUUUUCCACCCAUGUAGCCUCAAGGUUAGUUUUUUGUAAAUUUGCUCUCGGUAGUUCAUUAUUUACUUAGCUGUUUGGGACGUGUAAGUGUUUCUUUACUGCUGAGCAGAGGAUCCCCUUGCAACCUCUAGAGGGCUGAGCCGUAACCAAACUUAAUUAAAGAUCAAUGAAUAAGUCUGAGAGAUUUUUCAGUAGAAAACGAAUAAAAGAAGGAAGAAUUAUCACUAGUCCCACGCUAGAGAUGGCGAAGAAUGAGGUGUAUUGUUUGCAAAUGCAGUCGAAAGUCAAGUAUGAGGAGAGCAUUGAGGUGAGAAGGCAACUGAAGACUGACAGGCUACGAGAGGAUUCUUUUCUUGCUACAAAAAAAGGGAAAUAUUGGAAGCACCCUUGUGUUAAGAUAAUGUUUCUUCAAAGCAAACUGUUUUAAGUCUAUUCUUACCAAUGCCCUCAUUGUAUUUCACAGAAAAGUUUGAUACAGGAACAUACAUUGUGGCUCUUAAUUUCGUACCUUGUCUAGUAUUCCAUUCUUUAACAUGUACUUUCUGACUAUUUCUUCUGUUUCUCCGUGACUGAUCAAUAAAUAUUUUGACCAACAGCCCAGAGGUUCAUACGCAAUAGAUGAAAAAUUUGUAAAGAAUUUAAGUGUAAAUACUUUUGUAACUAUUUGUUUGUAUCAAUUAUGUUUAAGAGUCUCAAUAAAUCGCAGUAGCAAUGUUGGGACGGUUUAGAAAAUGUGAAUAUUUCUUCUAUUUACAAUUAUGUGGCCAUCUAAGCCGCUAAAUUUCAUACCAACAAGCUCUUCUUUGAAUAAUGUUGGAAGCUACUGAAUUUAAUUACUUUUAACAAGUCUGAGAUUAUGAGCGAUAAGUGAGAGACCUUCUGUACUCAUGACCUCAUCAUGAAAAGUUUGGAAUAUAGUGCCUGUACCUUUUUCAUCAAAGUCGAACAAUGUCUAUUCACUUAAAUACAUAGAGUUAAGAAAAAAGUCACAACAACAUUGUAGUGUUUCAAAAUCUCAUCCCCUAUUUUAAUUAUUUCGAAAGAAACCAAUGACCAUCCCCACUCGAAAAUUGGUGCAAUUUUUCUUGCCCAUAUGAGGGUUAUUUUCCCAAGAUAUUAAGGGAAAAUGUUGGUUGGUUUCCUUAAAAAAAAAUUAAAAUUGGAGAUGAGAUUUUGAAAAACCACAAUGUAGAUGUGACUGUUCUGCUUAACUAUACGCAAAUUCAGCUUUUAUCAUGGAAGGUUUUCUAAAGUGCAUCCAUUCAUUGUGUGAAAAAAAUAGAAAGCAAGACCCCUUUCUGAAUGGUUGUUAAGGUCAAUUCUAUCACAAACCAGUGCCUUGGCUGCAGUGUACAUUGAUCUUUCAUCUUUCUAAAAUCAAAAUAGAAAAAAAUAUAGAUAUAUUAGAAAUUGAUUAAAAUUAAUAUGAACGCUCUCACCACCUUGAACUAGUUGUAAUUCAAUAUUUUUUGUCUUGACAUUUUUUUAGCAGUAGAUAUUUUGUUGAUACAUACUUUUUUUCUGUGUGUGAGAUGUUUAAUCAUGCUGUUGUUUUAUGUAACUUUUAUGCAUUAAUUUUUUUUAUAUUGUACACAAGAGACAUUUCCCUAAUUAUUUGUGUAAGAUAGUUUAAAAAGAUCUCCCACUUUUUCAAAUAGAACAUUAACAUGUAGUAUGAACACCAAUACUUUUGUAGCCUUUGAAAAUCAUCAAUAGCCUGUCUUUAUGUCACCCGAAUCAGGCAGCUUUAAUUUUUUACCAAUAACAGUGUAAAUAUAGUCAUUUAGUAUAUUUUUGUGUACAUUUAAAUAACUCAAAUUAUCUUCGAAUGGUGAAAACUAUUGUUUUUUUUAAUUUUUUUUAUUAUUCUCACUGUCCAAGUUUAUCACAUGUAUAAAAAGUUUGUUCCUUAAGUCUAUCACUGUUGAGCUAAGUUUAAAGAUUUUCCUCUGCUAGGUCUAGUACAGAGCCAAUAAUUUUUUAUCUAUCCUGUAUUAGUUUGUACCUGCUCCUCUGUAAUGUUUUGCACAUCUAACGGUAACUUUAAUCAAAGAAUCUCCUUUUGAGAGUUGCAAAAAUAUCUACACUUGCGUGCUUGUUGCUGAGUUGUCAGUGCUGGUUGUAGGGACAACGGAGAGGAAAAGCAGUGCUACCUUUGCAGAGUUCCAGAAUUUGGACAAAAAUCUAUUGAUUUCCUGUCAAGUAACCUGUGUCACACCCUAACUCUUCAACCGCAUUCAGCAUUGGUGACAUGAUGUCCUGCAAAUGAACCACCAAGUACAACUUGAACCGACAUGGAAAAUUCUGAAUUGAAAAGAAUGUCCUUGUGCUCUUUCCCCCUUAGCCUGUUCGAUAAUAGAGAUAGAUAUUGGAAAGCUGCAGUUCUAUGGGAAUAUGAGGGGUGUUAAAACCUCUAUAGCAUGAAUGAAUUUCGGGUGUCAGAUUUCUGGGGACAUAGCUCUUUGCCGUAGCUUUUGUCGAAACGAAGAGUCCCAGAUUUUCUCCCAAAAUUUCAAAAUUUUGAUGGUCAUUUAUUUUAUUUAAAAAAAAAUUAUUAAGAAUUUGCGACAUCAUGUUGCAGAGAAAGAGUUCAAUCAUUAAAAGAAACCCAAAAAAUGCGUUGUUACGAGUAAGUAAUGCACUGUGGCAUAGAGGGUUAAUGAAAACAGCUGCAUUUUCAAAGGUAAUUCUUAACUUAGAUUUUCUUUCUCUGAAUAGUUUAUAUCAAUUUACCUAAUCCUCAGUUCAUAUUCUAUGAGCUGAUGUACAGGGUCUUUUUGAGAGAAUAUAUUCAGCCUGCAAGUAUAGCACUCGAAUCAUUUACCUACCUACAUGGUUAUCUCAUCGCCAGCUUCUACUUAGAAUUUUAACUGUGUCUAAUGAAAAAUAAAAGAGAAACUAAAAUCUUUAGUACCUCAGUUUACUGCUCUGAUAGAAAUAUUUUGCAUGAUAACACUGCAUGAUAAGUUGAUUUAUGUAUUAAAAUAUAAGUGUAAAACUAGUAUGUUAACUCUCUUGUUUGUACUUACAGUGUGUAUUUUCAAGUACGGAGCUGGAAAUGAUGUUGUUAAGCUACCAGUGGGGUGGCUGUGUUGAGCACCAAAAAUGGGUGGUUUAGCAACAUCAGUUUCUGCAGCACAUCCCUCUUCCCCUCCUCUCAAUAAAUUAAUAUCAGUUGUUUCUGAUAAUAAUAAUUUAUUAUUUAUGAUGCAAUUAAAAUGAAUAAUCAAUACCAUCCUGUCAGCACACACUAGGAAUGGUAAAAAUGCGAUAUCAACACCAAUAGAUAACUGUAAUUUUAGCCCUGUACAUGGGAUAUUGAACUAUAAUUUUGCUGUUUGCACAAAUAUUUACAAGUUGAAUCCUCUUUGUAGCAUUUUACAUUUACUUAUUUUUCUACUGAUAUCAAGGCUAAAAUAUUAUGCUUCCAGUAAGUUUCUAAGAAUCAUCUUGAAUACAUUUUGAUUAAGAACUUUUCAAAAUAAUGUUAGUCAAAUUUUUCAAUUUGGCGAUUUUGGCAACUCACAAUACAUGGGUUUCAUGGGAUGAACCUCGUCCUCUGUUUAAUGGUGUUCAUUUUCCAUGAAGCUUGAUAGCGCAUAGAGUAUUUCCUCAACUUGCUCCUUUACUUUCAGAAAAUCAAAAUUCAAAAUUUAUUUGGUAUCAUCCAUGUUGUUUUUAUCCAAAAAGAAACCCUUUUUAGCGGUUGAAAUCUUGAUUUCAACCUCAAAAUGUUCAUGAAAUUCAGAGUGAGGCAUUAGAGAGUUCUUUAAUUAAGAGGUCUAUACAUUUUCAUCCCUGCGUAGAUGUGAUACAAUGAAAGACUACUAAAUUCACCAUUUUCUAUGCAUUUAAAAAGGAACUCUGUACCAACUGAUGAUUGAAGCUUUUACAACACCAGCUAUUUGUACCAACCCAUUCAACCUACAAACCCUUGUAUAAAUAAAAUUAAUUUUUUUACCUGUUA